CAAGUUUUUUGCAACGAUUCCCGAAAAGUGUCGACUGAUUUUUGUAAAACGACGCAAAGGGAAUUUGUACUAAAUAAAAAAAUUUAAAAUUAAUUAAUAUACAAAAAAUAAUAUUCACUAACAACGAAAGGUGUUAAACUUUGUAAAAAAUCUGUUUAAACGAGUAAUUUCGAUUGUAAAAAAUUACGUGAAAAUAGAAGAGGCAGUGAGAAGGAAAAAUCAAAGCGGAGCAGCAAAGAGUCUAGCAAGGAAGAUCCUAUUUCACCACAGUGGCUGAGUCGCCAUUUUGUCUGCUGGCCGGCUGAUGUUGCUUGCGGGAUAUGGAAAAUUCGCUAAUCUUCAAAAAAUAUCUUAAUUAGACGGUAAAGUUGUAGUUGAAAAGAUAGAGCCCAAGUUGAAGUAAUCAAAAUAAUAAGUGAUCAUUGUUAAUUGUGCAGAGUUACGGUAUAUAAUUGUAAAGUGGUCAAAUAAUUGCAAAAUCAAGACAAAGCGGAAUUCGACUGCAAUCCAAUGGUAAUAGGGCGGAUGCAAAAAAUGUAAAUGGAUUUAUGCUUCCCCCUAUUGAAUAUGUAAAUGACCCAUAGCAAAAUCAUCAAAGAGUUUGUGCUUAAUUUAUGGUCAAGGAGGUAAAAGAGCAUCAAGCAAUAUUCAAAGUAAUCAUCGAUAAUUAAAAAUAAAGCAAUAACCUAAACAAGAAAGUAAUAAUUAUUGCAACAGCUACUAAUAGAUCAUUACCAAAAAGUAACAACGGCUGAAACAACGAAGCACAAAAUCAAAAGGUUGCAGCUGUGGAAACGGCGGUGGCUGUAAAAGAUUAGAAGUUGCAUUUAAUUGUUAAAGUGCAGCAAUAUUAGUGCCUCUGUUAACUACCACGAAGAGAUGACGUUUGAUACGCGGGGACGCCAGACAGGCGGGGGAGGUGGUGGUACCGGUAACGAUAAUUCAAAUGUGGGCACGGCAAAUACAAAUAGCAAUCUAAAUAGUAACAGUGGCACAACCCUUGGGAAUACUCCUGGCGGUGGCAGUGCAGGAGGUGUUAACAAUGGUAGCGUAGAACAACCUACACCUUCUACAGUUAAUCCGGAUGCAACUUCGCAGGGCGGAGAGACAACGGCCAACAACGCUAUUGUGGACAACAUAACGCCCGAAAAACUGAUUUCAUCGUUUCCUACGUUAAAAUUGCGUUCAUUAACACAAAAGAUCUCAAAUCCGCGUUGGGUGGUACCAGUGCUGCCCGAACAAGAGUUGGAAGUAUUACUGAACGCAGCAAUUGCGCUAACCGCAGCUGGUGUGGAUCAUGACUGCGAACCAUGUGUGGAAUUCUAUCGCAAUGCGCUUACUACUUCCUUUUCAAAAAUCCUCACCGACGAGGCGGUCAAUUCAUGGAAAUACAAUAUUCAUCAUUGCAUUUUAUUGUCAUGCGGCAAGUUACUCCAUUUAAUUGCCAUACAUAUGCCGCGUGAUAAUCCCUAUCUAUUGGAUUUGCUCGCAAUGGUCUUUGAUCCGGAGAACAAAUUUAACACAUUUAAUGCCGCACGUCAACCCAGUUGCUUUGCUGCACCGGAAUUUCUUUGGGGCGUAUUAGACGCUAAUAAAAUGUUUGCUAAACCACCGCCAGAGCCUAAAAAUCCACGUGGCUGGCUUGUUGAUUUAAUCAAUCGUUUCGGGCAGCUGGGCGGUUUCGAUAAUCUCCUAGAACGAUUCAAUUGUGGUUUGCAGCUGUUGAAAAAGAAUCAAGAACAAAGUGGACUCGAUUCGUCGGGAUCUGGCUUAGAUUUAAGCAGCAAGACUAGCAAAUCAUCACAGGCGUCCGACGAAAGUCAAGAUAAUAAAUUAACACUGGCGUUGAUAUUUAGUCUACUACGUCCUUUCGGGCAGUGCAGUGAGCUAUUAACACCUGCUACUAUUGCCAAAUACUUUAUGCCAAUUUGGAAUGUGGUAUUGGAUUUAUUAGAUAGUUUCUCUGAUGAUGAAUUGAAGCGUGAAGCGAAACCAGAGGGACGAAACGAUUACAUUAACGGUAUUGUGAAGUCGGCACGUUUGUUGGCAAGUCGUUUGCCAGGACAAGAGGAUUUGAUACGAGAUCUGGAAAUGUUUCGUCUAAAAAUGAUACUGCGUCUACUACAAGUCUCCAGUUUCAAUGGCAAAAUGAAUGCACUAAAUGAAAUCAAUAAGGUGCUCAGCUCCGUUUCAUAUUAUUCACAUCGCACGCAGCAAUUACAACACUGCUUGCCAGAUGAUGAAAUGGACUGGUUGACGGCGGAGCGUAUGGCUAACUGGAUUAAAGAUUCUGAUGUGCUGGGUAUUGUUCUGAAGGAUUCACUACAUCAACCACAAUACGUGGAGAAGCUUGAGAAAAUCAUACGCUUUCUGAUCAAAGAGCACGCAUUGACGCUAGAGGAUUUAGAUGCAGUUUGGCGUGCACAAGCGGGUAAACAUGAGGCGAUUGUAAAGAAUGUGCACGAUCUCUUGGCGAAAUUGGCUUGGGAUUUUACACCCGAACAGCUGGAUCAUCUCUUUGAAUCGUUUCAGACCAGCAUGACAAACGCUAAUAAGCGUCAACGUGAACGACUGCUUGAAUUGAUAAGACGCUUGGCUGAAGAUGAUAAAAAUGGUGUAAUGGCACAAAAAGUAUUGAAACUGUUUUGGACGUUGGCGCAUAGUCAGGAAAUACAACCAGAUGUAUUGGAUCAAGCUUUGGCCGCACACGUAAAAAUCUUGGACUACAGCUGUUCGCAGGAGCGUGACGCGCAGAAAAUCGUCUGGUUGGAUAAAUGUGUACAAGAAUUGAAGAGUGGUGAUAAUUGGGUGUUGCCCGCUUUACGUUUAAUACGUGAAAUCUGUUGCCUAUACGAUUCUUUGCCCAGUCAUGCACCGCGUACACAGCAAACACUUAAUCGUCAACAAGUCAUCGAACGUUUGCAAAACGAUUAUACUUUGGUUAUUCUGGUGACAAAUAGUUUAACAACGUACAUGGAUAAAAUACGCACGAUGAUUGCUGAGUUGCCGAAUGUAGAGCCGAACACAUUAUGUAUCGAUGGAAGAUAUCCACAUAAUAUGCAAAUACAAGAGCGCUUAGAUUUUCUUAAGUUCUUACUGAAGGAUGGGCAAUUAUGGUUGUGUGCCGAACAGGCUAAGCAAAUUUGGCACUGUCUGGCGGUGAACGCUGUAUUCCCAAGUGAUCGUGAAGAGUGUUUUCGAUGGUUUGGCAAAUUAAUGGGCGAAGAACCUGAUUUGGAUCCUGGCAUAAAUAAAGACUUCUUCGAAAAUAAUAUUUUACAACUCGAUCCGCAAUUGUUGACUGAGAGCGGCAUCAAAUGCUUCGAACGCUUCUUCAAGGCUGUCAACUCCAAGGAGGAUAAAUUGAAAGCAAUACAUCGCGGUUAUAUACUUGACAAUGAGGAUCUCAUUGGUAAAGAUUAUCUGUGGCGUGUAAUUACGACAGGUGGCGAAGAAAUCGCCAAUAAGGCUAUUGAUCUGCUAAAAGAGGUUUCGACAGCGUUAGGACCGCGCCUCCAGGAGAGUAUUUGUGAUUUUCAUGAAAUGUUCAUUGCUGAAUGCUGCGAACGACUGCGUACACAUUACAGUAAUAUAAUUAUUUUGGGCAAAACGAUUGGCAACAACAGUUCAAAUGAUCCUAGUCAAGCGGAUGCCGAUUCGAAGGAUAUUAAGGAUCGUUUUAUUGAAGCUGAGAAAAUGUGCCGUAUUAUAAAAGUAUUGCAAGAGUAUAUAAAAGAAUGUGAUCGUUCAUUUAAUGGCGAUCGCUAUCUAUUGCCCCUUAGUCGGGUGACACGCGGCAAAAAUACUAGUCUCUAUAUACGCUUUCAAAAUCCCGGCCGACACAUUGAUGAUAUUGAGGUGACAACACACAGUAACGAAACGGUGGCCUCAUUCAAGCGUAAUUUAUUGAAACGCAUCAGAGGCAAUUCACCAGCCAACAUUAAGAUCGAUCUAUUUUACAAUAAUGGUGAACUAAUUGAGAUUAGCGAUGAGAUCAAUCCACUGUAUCAGUAUGCCAUACGCGAUAAAAUGAUACUCACAGUCAAGUUGACGCCAGUCGGUCCAGGGCUGGCCAGUAGCCCCGAUUCAUCAAGCGAUUCUAGCACCGGCUCACCGCCACGUCCCUGCCCCGACAUGCAACGCGUCGAGUCAGAGAGCACAUUGCCCGGUGUGAUCAUCGCACAGAAUUACAAAUAUACCGAGUUUUUCGUGAAGCUCUAUCAACUGGGCAGCGAUUUGGAUCAUGGUCGGUUGCGUGAGAGCGCAAAAUCCUUGUUACAUUUACUGCCAUGUGAUUGGCACACCGUAAAGAUGCUGCAAACCAUGUGUCGCGUGCAGGGACAGCUGCAGGGUGGCGCCAAUGACAUUGUUAGUGCAGCGGUGACAGCGGAUGCUGGCACUGGCAGUAGCGCUAUACCAAGUAGCGUUAAAGAGGAAGAGGCUGAAACGGUGGGCGUAGGCAAUGGUAGUGUUGUGCAAAAUACAACCGCUUUUGAUGGUGAUCAGAUCAAUCUGCUGGAAUGCACACCUGAGAUGCUAUUUCUGCAUGGCACACCCGCACAGGUGCUUUACAAUUUGGGUGUAUUGAAUGGUUUGCUGAUACCAGCUUUGGAUCCCAACGGCGAGGCGGCAAUGCAAGUGCAAUCGGCUUGGCUACAUUCGGGUUGCGCACAUUUCAUACUCGAGCUGUUGACCAAAAACAAUUUCCUACCCAAUGCCGAUAUGAAUACGAAACGUGCGGCAUUUCAUUGUGUGCUACAUCUGGCUAGAUUGUUCCUCUACACGGUGGGUUAUGUGCUGUCACGUGUCGGCGAUGAGCCGAUGCUACGCGAUUUCGAUGUAGGCGCACGUUCACAAGUUGAAAUACUUAAGCAAAUACUAAAUUCGAUACCGAACAAUUCGGAGAGCACCAUGCGCGCCAUCUCUACAAAAUUGGCUGAAAAUUUAGCCGCGGAAAUGCUUUCGGCCAGCGCCGAAGGUGAACGUUGUCGCAUACUAUUCAGCUCGACACUACAGUGGUCCUGCCCAGACAUAGCGACCAUUAAGGCUGUUAUACAAUUGGCUUGGUCAUCAUCGUGUGGCAAUCUGCAAGCGCUUGGCAAUAAAAAUGACUUUGCCAAUGAUAUUACAAUGCCGGAUGCGCAGGAUUUUGCCAUGUGUAAAGAGGCGCUCGAAGUGCUAACCAUUUCAUUGGUACUUAAUCCCAGUGCUAAUGAGGCAUUAAACAACGAUCCGAUUUGGCCCAAAUUCAUUACAUCGCUUAUAUUGAAGAAUCCAUCGCGUCAUGUACGUCAAAUCGCCGCCGAUCAGCUAUUUCUCUCGUGCACUUACUGUGCCGGCGAUCGUCGUCCAUUCGCUUAUAUGGUUAAUUUGCUGGUGAAUUCACUGAAAACGCUCGUACCACAAUACGAGGCAACUUGUGCCGAGUUCUUUCAACUGCUCUGCCGCACACUCUCCUAUGGCAGUGUGUGCAAUUGGCCGCUGAACAUUGGCGACGGCUUGCUGACCGAGGAGAUCAAUUGGCUGCAGAAGAUACGCGAAAAUGUAAUACAUACUGGUGACAUACAGGUGCAUGAGGAUCUAUUGGAGGGUCAUCUGUGUUUGGCCAAAGAAUUGAUGUUCUUUUUGUCGCCAGAGACCAAGGCCCAACUUACCGAUUUGAUCGACGAGAUUAUUGAUAUAUUUCUCUUUCCGGCUUCACGUGAAUACCUGCACUUGCGUAAGUUCAACAAAUUGCGAAAUCCAACAUCACCCCCACCCGUUUGUCGUAGUCCCCACACCAUAGCGGCGGCUUGCGAUUUCUUGAUAGCACUUUGCCAGAAUUGUGUUCCUAACAUGAAAUUGCUGACCAACACGCUGAUCGAUUUCGUGUGCACCGAUACGGAUCCGUUACGUGAAUGGGACUUUUUACCGCCGGUUGGUCCACGACCUGUCAAAGGUUUUUGUGGUUUGAAAAAUGCUGGCGCUACAUGCUACAUGAAUUCGGUGUUGCAACAAUUGUAUAUGGUGCCAUCCAUACGCGUCGGCAUACUGAAGGCUGACGGUGCGGCUACAAUUGAGAAUGAAGAUUUUAGCGGUGAAACUGAUGUGGCUAGCAUAAAUAGUGCGCUAUUCUCCAGCGCCGGUAACGGUGAAGAUAAUAGCAGCGGCACAGAUGUGCGAAAAAACUAUCACGUAGUCAUAUUAAAAUAUGUGCAGGCGAUAUUUGGCCAUCUGGGUCACAGUUCGUUGCAAUACUAUGUGCCACGUGGCUUGUGGGCAUAUUUUAAACUACAAGGUGAACCGGUUAAUUUGCGUGAGCAACAAGAUGCAGUUGAAUUCUUUAUGUCGCUCUUCGAAAGUCUAGAUGAAGGUCUCAAGGCAUUGGGCCAUACGCAAUUGAUGAACGCCACGUUGGGUGGUUCGUUUAGCGAUCAGAAGAUUUGCCAGGAAUGCCCGCAUCGCUAUUCCAAGGAGGAGCCGUUCAGUGUGUUCAGCGUGGAUAUACGAAAUCAUAGCUCAUUAACAGAAUCACUGGAGCAGUAUGUCAAAGGGGAACUGUUAGAGGGCGCUGAUGCAUACCACUGUGAUAAAUGUGAUAAAAAAGUAGUUACAAUUAAGCGGUUGUGUGUAAAAAAACUACCGCCUGUGUUAGCCAUUCAAUUAAAGCGUUUCGAAUACGAUUACGAGCGCGUUUGCGCCAUUAAAUUUAAUGAUUACUUUGAGUUCCCACGCGUUCUUGACAUGGAACCGUAUACAGUUUCUGGCUUAGCCAAAUUGGAGGGUGAAGUCAUUGAGGUGGGUGAUAAUUGCCAAUCGAAUGGCGUAACAACCAAAUAUGAGUUAAGUGGCAUUGUGGUACAUAGCGGACAGGCUUCCGGUGGCCAUUAUUUUAGUUAUAUACUCUCUAAAAAUCCCUCCACUGGCAAUGAACAAUGGUAUAAAUUCGAUGACGGCGAAGUGAGUGAAUGUAAAAUGCACGAAGAUGAAGAAUUGAAAGCACAAUGCUUCGGUGGCGAUUACAUGGGCGAAAUUUACGAUAAUAAUUUGAAGCGCAUGCAAUACCGGCGACAGAAGCGUUGGUGGAAUGCAUAUAUGCUUUUCUAUACGCGUUGCGAUCAAAAACCCAUACAAUUCGAACCGUGUGUGGAGCAAUUGUCAUUGGCCGAAAGUCGUAAUUUUGUUUUACCGCUGCCAAAACCAAUCGAACGCAGCGUGCGUCAUCAAAAUGUGCGAUUUUUACACUCGAAGAGUAUUUUCUCGGUGGAAUUUUUUAAUUUCAUUAAAAAAUUAGUUAGCUGUAGUAUACCUUCAACACGUCCGGACAAAAUGACACCAGCUGCUGAGGAGCUUUCAUUGCUAGGCGUUCAACUAGCAUCGCAAUUCUUAUUUCACACAGGUUUUAGAACGAAAAAAUCGUUGCGUGGACCGGUUAUUGAGUGGUACGAUACUUUAUCACAUCACAUUCGUUUUUCUUCGCUCGUGCGCAAAUGGUUCGCCGCCAAUGCUCUACUAAAUCCAUCAUCCCGUUUGGGUGAAUAUAUACUAAUGGCACCAUCGCCGGAAGUUCGCACUGUAUUUGUCAAAUUGGUGGUUUUCUUCUGUCACUUUGCCAUAGCCGACGAGCCGCUGGCUGGCUACGAAGGCAGCAAUUUGUGUGAGCAGAUUUUAAUAAGCGUUUUGGAUUUGUUGAAGUGUGAAGCCGUCGAUUAUGGCAAACAUUUGCCGCACUACUUUAGUCUAUUCAGCAUGUAUGUGGGCUUGGGCACACCGGAAAAGCAACAACUAUUGAAGUUAAAUGUGCCGUUUAUAUUCAUGCAAGUCGCUUUGGACGAGGGUCCCGGUCCAUCGAUAAAGUAUCAAUAUCCCGAGCUGAGCAAACUGCAUCAGGUGGUUUCGCAUUUAAUACGUUGCAGCGAUAUUUCUGACAAAUGCCAGAACUCGAAUCAAAAUGCACAACCACUUGAGAAUCCAUUUAAGGAUUCAAAUAUUAGGCGUGAAGAAUUGGUGCCAUUAUCUCCAGAAUGUUCUGACAUACUCUUCAAUCGAACGGGUUAUAUUAAGAAACUAAUCGAGGAUACAGCUGUUGGCGAGGAGGGCAUCAAAUUGUUGCAGUAUUGCAGCUGGGAGAAUCCACAUUUCUCACGUGCUGUAUUAACCGAACUGUUGUGGCAAUGCGGUUUCGCCUACUGUCACGAUAUGCGCCAUCAUACCGAAUUGCUGUUGCAUAUAUUGCUAAUCGAAGAUUCGUGGCAACACCAUCGCAUACAUAAUGCCCUCAACGGUGUGGCGGAGGAACGCGAAGGUCUGCUGGAGACGAUACAGCGCACAAAGACGCAUUACCAAAAGCGCGCAUACCAAAUAAUCAAAUGCCUUACACAACUAUUCCACAAAUCACAAGUGGCCCUACAGAUGCUUAAUUCGAAUGCCAGUAUUGCACGGCAUUGGACCAUGGCAGUGGAGUGGUUGCAAGAUGAAUUGGAUCGGCAACGCAGUUGUCAAUACAAUUCGUAUUCGUGGUCACCACCGGCUCAGAGCAACGAUAACACAAAUGGCUAUAUGCUGGAACGUUCACAAUCCGCUAAGAAUACGUGCACCAUGGCGUAUGAGUUGUGUCCCGAAGAGGAACAAGAGGAGACCAAUGAGUCGGAUAUUGAGCCGACUGAUGAGUCACAACGACAGCAACAACAACAACAGCAGCAGCAGCAACAAAUUGCACAGACGCUGCAGGCACCCGGUGCGGGUGAUGCGUUAACAAGUGAUACAGUACCCGCUAGUCCAGUACACAAACCGUUUAUGGUGGGACCGGUGAACAGCAGCAGCAGCACCACCGGCUAUUGGACUGCUGCGAAUACCUUUGCGGUUGAUAGUCAUACAACAACAACUACAACCACUUCGACCACCAGUAGUGGUGGUGGUGUUUUGACUGCGGUAAAUAGCACGGAACCACAACAGCAACAACAACAACAGCAAGCUAACACAGAUGCAAACAUAAACGGUUUGACGUCCAGUGUGAAACAGCUGACGCUCUCCCCUAAAACGCGUACCUUGGGAAUUAGUAAACAUCACCAACAGCAGCUACAACAACAUCAACAACAACACCAUCAGCAACAGCUACAACAACAACAACAACAGCAACGCGUCCACCAGCGGCGGCAUUGGUGAGACGACAACGACUACAGUGACGACGAUGAUGACUGGCCCAGACAUCGAAAACUCCAAGCAAGCAAAGCUGACAGCGCAGCAGCAGCAGCAGACAAUGGCAAUAAUGUCGCCUGCAUUCAUACAACUACAACAACAGCAACAACAUCAACAACCAGCAGCGGGUGUAGUUACAUUAGCUGCUCUGACGGCAGCCACAUCAUCAAUAACAACAACAACUACAACGAUUUCAAUCAGUUUGCCUGUAAAUACAAUAAUCGCAACAGCAACAACUACAACAGCAGCAACAGCCACAAUUGCACCAACCACAAACACACUAAUCAGCACACUCACAGCAGUAGCAGCAACAAAAGCAACAACCAAAUUGGAGAAUGGCGAUAAUAUAACAGCAGCAACAACAACAACAACAACACUCAAUGAACAACAAUCAAUUACGUAGAUGAAGUUCUAAAAUUCAUAAAAGGGAAUGGCACAUACACACACACACACUCAAGCAAAACUACACAUGCAACAACAACAAUACUAUUAAAUGAAAGGAGCAUAAAAGGAAGAAUAUACGUAAAACGUGUGUUUUCCAACGUUUAAAAAAACAAUACACACAUACAUAUAUGUAGAUUGGGAGGCGAAAUGAAAGCGAAGCGAAGCAAAGCAAACAAACAAAACAAAGAUGCAAAUAUUAUUAAUUUAAUUUAUUCAUUAUGAUAAUAAAAGAAAUAAAAAAUAUUGCAAAUAAUAAAACAAACGAUAAUCGAAAUGAUAGAGAGGAUAUUGGAGAAAGAGAGUGUGAGGGAGUGUCUGAUUGUGGGACAGUUAGUAGAAGAAAAAGGCAAACGGGUUAUAGCAUAGCGAGCGAAAGUGCGUGUGUCAGAGCUGAAAAUACGUGCAAGUGGCUUGGAGAGCAACUUAAACUAGGCAUGGCGCCUAAAAGCGGGCUGCUAAAUUCCAAGGCUAGCAAACUGCUUACUCCUACUACACAAACACAUUAGUUAAUGGCGUGUUCUAAGUGUAGUUAAACAUUAGGUGCAUACCGCGACGCAUAUAGUACACGAAGGAGUCGUUUAAAGUCGGUGUAAGUUACUCCCGAGAGCAGCCACAGCCAGGCUUUUUAAAACGUAUGCAACACACACUAGUUAUAAACUAAAUAAUUAAGGUAUUCAUAUGAAAUAAUUAGUAAUACAAUACGCAUACACAAUUACAAUUAUAUAACCUAAAGAUGCAUACAAACAUUAACGGAACACACAUAUAACUGCAUGAGAUAGAAGUGAAAUUCGAAACGAAUAUGUAAUAGUAUUAAAUUAAAGUGCAGUAAGGGUCAGCAGAAGCGACCAAGCAAAGGCUACAUACCUAAUACACAUAAAUAUAAACUAAUUUAUUGGUAAAAAUGUUGCUGGAAGCAUGUGAUUCAUUGCAGCAAAACUACAAUUGAAAUGAAAAGAGAGAGAAAAAGGAAAAGUGCAGGUAGAGACGGUUGCUGCAGCGUAUUCACACACUCACUCAUACGCGUAUUUAUAUGCAGGCAACACGGACAACCGAAAUUAAAGUAAGGCAGUCACUGUAAAUCGUGGAGAGCGCAUAAAUCACUUUAAUUUCAUUGCAAGACACUAAACAUACAACUUUUUUAAUUUUUUGCUCCGCAAGAAAAACGCUAACUAACUCGGAAUAAUGAAAUAUUUUAUAAAUAAAGUUGAAAAAAGAAUUAAAAUAAAAUUUUUAAAUAAUAUUGAAACUAAAUAUAUGUAUAUGUAGGUAUGUAUAAGCAUGAUGUGUAUAUGCCGUACAGCAGACAUUGCAGCAGUGAUAGUUGCAAGUCUUACAAAUAUAUAAAUACAUAGUAACGAAAUAAUUAGAACGUUAGCAAAAGGUGUGAAGAAGCUGAUUUGCAUUGCGCUGCCAUGACUGUAUUGAGCGCAACUAACUUUGUUGGAUUUGUUGUGAAUACAUUGAAUUUGAAUUUAAUUUUCACAAUGUGUAUGAAAGCUAAACACGUUUAUGCUUUUUAUUGAACUACAUACCUAAAUAUUUAAAUAUGAAAGUUACAACUACGUUUUUGUUAUUAUUAUUCUUAUUUUUUUUUUUUUAAUUUAAACAAAAUUUUUUUUUUACUUUUCACAACUAAUUUUUUAAACGCCUGACAUUAUAAGUAAAAAAAUAACUUAAAUUAAAGCAAAACAUGCUGAUAACAUUAAAUAAACUAAACAUUUAUUACGCUUGCGAAAUAGAAGUAAAGAAAUUAAAACACAAAAUGUUUAAUAAACAGUAAUAAAUACAUACAUAUAUAUAAUUAACUUAAAAACUAAAUAAAUGAGGAGUAAUUAAAUCAAAGUUGAAUUAGAACUUAACGCGUACUCACAACUACCGUUAUACAUGAAAAAAUAUUUAGAAAUUUAUUUUCAAAUAUAACAUGAACGUGUAUACAUAUAUACAUAUGUUUGUAUGUACAUAUGUAUGCGCGUAUAGCUACACAGUUUUAGAUACGAAAAUGCUUAACGACGUUUUUCAUUUAAUUUAAUUAUGUAAAAUAAAUAUAAAAUAAACUUUAUCAACAAUACAUAAUAAUAACAAUAACAAAGUAGUUAAAUAACCAAAACGAAGCAAAAAAAAAAAAAAUAAAAAAUAAAAAAACAUAAAAUGAAGCCAAAUUUGCAUUGUAUGAGUUCGUCCCAAAUGUACUAAGUAAUGCAGAACCUUGAAAAGGCCGCACACUUGGUCUAACAAUUGUAAUGAAAUGUGCAAAACUGAAUAAUCGAAACAGCAAACUGCUAGUUGUGAAAGAAUAUGGCAUAAUGAUAUAUAAAAAACAUUAAAAUAUAGUUUUAUAAAUGAUUGUAAAUGCGUGUAGAAGUGCACGUACAACGUUGCACACACAUUUUCAAUAUAAUUUUUUUAAGUUUUAUUAACAUAUUAGAUUUUUUAAUUAUACAAAAUAAAAUAAAAAAGAAAUCAAUUGAAAACUAAACAGUAAAUAAAUACCAAGUAUGUGUGUUAGUGAGUGAAAAAAAAUUAGAUUUGAUUAUGCAGCGAAGCGUUGGAUUGUAAAAUUUGUUAAUAUAUACAUACAUAUAUGCAUAUA